AUGAAGUUCAUAGUUCCCCAACUCCUCACCCUCGCUGGGGCAGCUGCCGCAGCGAGUAUUGCGGCCAAGUCGCCUGCCCCACUCACGAAUAUCACCAUCUUCUCUCCUCCUUCAGAUUAUAACAUUCCCCGAACUCUUUAUGCCCGCAAUGAGCAGCUUCCCAAUGGUGAUCUCCUGGCUACGUGGGAGAACUACUCUCCCGAGCCCCCACUAGUGUACUUCCCCAUCUACCGCUCUAAGGAUUUCGGAAAGACAUGGUCGGAAAUCUCUAAAGUCCAAGAUACCGCGAAUGGCCUUGGUUUGCGCUAUCAGCCAUUCUUGUAUUACCUCCCCGAGCGCAUUGGCUCGUUCAAGGCUGGAACCCUGCUGCUAGCGGGCAACAGCAUCCCGACAGAUCUGUCGACUACCCAGCUUGAUCUUUAUGCGUCGCAGGACAACGGUGUGACUUGGGAAUUCUUGAGCCACAUUGCUGCCGGUGGAGAGGCUGAGCCUAACAAUGGAUUGACUCCCGUGUGGGAGCCUUACUUGCUUGCCCACAAUGGCAAGCUGAUCUGCUACUACUCGGACCAACGUGCCAACACCACCCACGGACAGAAACUGGUGCACCAGGUCUCAACUGACCUGAAGAAGUGGGGACCUGUUGUUGACGAUGUUGCCUAUCCUACGUACACCGACCGACCGGGCAUGCCCAUUGUUACUAAGCUGCCCAACGGUCAAUACAUCUAUAUCUACGAGUAUGGAUCCUUCUUCAACACCUCCAGCUACUCUUUCCCCCUCUACUACCGCCUAUCCUCGAACCCCGAGGACUUCGCCUCCGUCGAGGGCCACAAGCUGGUAGUUUCAAGCGGAACACAGCCGACUUCCUCCCCAUACGUCGUUUGGACCCCCUACGGUGGCAAGAACGGUACCAUCAUCGCCAGUUCAGGAACUCAGAGCACCUUGUUCAUCAACCAGGCUCUAGGCCAGGGUGAAUGGACUGAGAUCGCAUCGCCAGAGGCCCACAGCUAUACCCGAUCAUUGCGGGUUCUGUCUGAGGGCAACGGAAGAUACCUGCUGGUCAACGGUGGCGGCGUGUUGUCAGGAACCACUAACAAGGUGACUGUGACCGUGAUGGACCUGAAGGACUCAUUGUAG